AUGAUUUGAGAAAAACAAAUGUGUAUUAAAAAACAGUAUUCGUGUCAGUUGUCUGGAUCUCCACAUACACCAAAGAAUAUACGGUGCGGGGGUUAUUAAUGGCGCAGUCGCACAGCACAAAUUCAUAUUUAACAAUUUUCCUGUCCUGAACAGAUCGAGUAAAGCGUCGAGGCACUCGAAUAGAAAUGGAAUUGUCAACAACAUUGAUGGUUCUAGUAGGAAUAGGGUAUUGGAUUCAUGGGUUCCGUUGUUUUCCAUGGCUGGCUGUCACUUUUUAUCUGAAGGACAAUCUGAGGGUGGAGUCAGUAACACUCCAACUCCUCCAGAGCUCCGCCAAUUUGCCCAUGGUUGCCAAGCCUAUCUACGGUAUCAUCUCCGAUGCCGUCUACAUUGGUGGCGCACAUCGCCUGCCUUAUAUCAUCAUUGGAGGUCUGUUGCAAGCGAUUUCAUGGGGUUCGAUUGUAUUUAUUCCGGCAGCAGGAUCAUCAGUUCCUAUCAUGUCAGCCUUUCUCCUCCUCAGCAAUUUGGGGGCAUCAAUUGUUGAAGUUGCUAAUGAUGCUUUGGUGGCGGAAACUGGAAAAAAUGCCAAAGCUAGUUCAUCAGGAGAACUUCAGUCAUUUGCCUGGAUGGCAACAGCUGCAGGUGGCAUUAUGGGAAAUUUACUCGGUGGGAUUGCUAUCGGUCGGGUUGAUGCAAAGGCCAUGUUCAUUUUUUUUGGCCUCCUCCUAGGCAUUCAAGUAAUAAUUUGUUUGACUGUAGAUGAGAAGUCCUUGGGUUCUAUUAAUGCUAAAAAAGUUGUAGGGCAGAAAUCGAUCCAUGCGAAUCAACAUGACAGAGGUGGGGUUGAUACACGAGCUAUAAAGUCAAACAGCAUUGGGGGUGCCUUUUCGAAAAGUGUUCAAAAGCAGGUUUUAGAUCUUUUGGAAGCACUAAGGAAACCAGAAAUUAAAUAUUCCAUUGUGUGGUUUGCGGCAUCUUAUGCUAUGAUACCAAUUUUAACUGGAACCAUGUUUUUCUAUCAAACACAGCAUUUGAAACUUGAUCCCACAAUUUUGGGACUUGCAAAGGUUGUUGGGCAGAUUGGUCUUCUUUUGGGAAGCGUCAUCUACAACCGAUUCUUAAAGAGUAUCUCCUUGAGAAUGCUUUUAGGCUGUGUUCAGAUUUUAUUGUCAUUAUGUAUGUUAUCGGAUAUCAUUCUUGUGAAGCAACUAAAUACCCAAUUAGGGAUUCCAAAUUCAGUAUACAUUUUGGGAGCAUCUGCUUUAGUGGAAGUUAUUUCACAAUUCAAGAUUCUCCCAUUCACUGUUAUGCUUGCACAAUACUGCCCUCCUGGUUGUGAGGGCUCCUUAAUGGCAUUUAUUAUGUCUGUCCAGGCCUUGACUACCAUUGUAAGUGGUUAUUUUGGUGUUGUCCUUGCUUCAUUCCUUAAUGUCUCCUCCGAAAACUUUUCCCGAUUACCAUUGGCAAUUUUUAUCCAAUCAAUUGCAACAUUAGUCCCACUAUUUUGGAUAUCACUCAUACCUGGCCAGGAAUCUGCUAAAAAACGCCAGGAAGACAAGAGGAAAGUAUUUUGAACCAAGAGACACCAUUUAUUUCAUUCACAUUGCUAUCAAUAAACUUUCUUGCCUUCCAAGAUGCUCAGUUUUGGAUGUCUCUCUUUCUCAUUGAAAGCUUGCAUAUCCCUAUUGAGACUAAUUCAUGCCCGUGGUGAUUAGUGGAUUGAAGGGAUGAUCAUUGUGGCAGUGCUCAAGGAAAGAAUCUCGUCUCUGCGGCCAAGAAAAUAAAAAAAUGUUGGCUUCGUAGAGACAAAUAUUUGAGGGGCCUGCAAAGAACCUUUUAGGUGCGAAGUGAGCAGGCUAACGAAGUUGUGUUUCCUUUAUUUUUAGGUCGGUCUUCUUAAUGUUAAUGUAUAUGCCCUUGCAGUGUCUUCAUGGUUGCAGAUUAUGAAUUAUAGAAUUGCUGCUUCUUCUC